CCUUUUUGUUUUCUUCCAGCGCUCUGGGUGGAUAUGUUCUCCGUACCGUGCGGUUCUUACUCUGCUCCAUGGACCAGACUCUUUCAUGCUCGUGCCCCUUCGUAUGCUCUCAUCUUGAUCUUAUAAUUGCGCUCGCUUCGGACUAUGGUUAGUAUGUACUCGACAAGUAAAGCCUGUCGGUUCAGGACAUGAAGUUCGCAAAGGAACUCGAGGACGAAGCCGUCCCAGAAUGGAGGGUCAAAUACCUUAAUUACAAGCAAGGGAAAAAGAAAAUCAAAGCCAUCUCCAAAGCCCUCCGCAAUCUCAAUCGAACGCCGACCACCCCUGCUCGUCCUGUGCUCGUUCCAGAAAACUCCUCUGACAGGAUCCCUUUCACCCAUUAUGACUUUAAUCCGCCACGGCCUACCACGUCCAAAUCUUCACAGUCGCUACCCGAGAUCGAAGAGGUUGCACCGGAGGAUGAAAGAGUCCAAGCGCAGAGACCACCUCUUGAGCACAAUGAGAGUAGAACUUGGUUUGCUCAGUCACCGCCAAUUCUCAUCCCGGGCGCAAGCAGUCAAGACGGUCCGACACCGGAAAGAACACCAUUACACGAUGUACAGGCAUAUCCAAGCAGACGGCAGAUGAACUAUGGGAGCUUUGUUGGUACGCCCCCUUCAGAGGAGACUCCUGGACAGUUUACGGCGCUGGAACUUCCUGAUCCUGCAAUAAGUCCUGUCGCUCUAGCCCGGCAACGACCGGAACCAGAAGCGCUACGAAGCCAAUCAACUACAAGAUUACCAGAGCCUGCUCAGGUGCCUCAAGGUCCGGAUCCUUACCAUGUCGGUGAAACAACUCAGCAACCCAAACGAAGUCUAAGAGGCAGCCUCGCCAGGACCAUGUUUCGGAGACAUCAUACAGAGAAGAGCAUGAAAAGCCAAUCCCUAUCCCUUCCACCAGUUCACACAUUUCCGCGAUCACGGUUAAGACGAUUAUUCUCGGCGCAGCUUCUCGAUCAACCUACGGUCAACGAUGUGCAGUUGGAAGCUUAUAGAGAACUUGACGCGAGACAAGCCGAGUUCUUCUUCUUCUUGGACAGUGAAUUAGACAAGAUAGAAAGCUUCUACAGAAUGAAAGAAGAGGAGGCUUCUGCUCGCCUGCAAGUGUUGCGAAAGCAAUUGCACGAAAUGAGAGAUCGGAGACUAGCCGAAAUCUUGAAGCAACAGAAGAAAGAAUCGACUGCUCAUCAGCAGAACAUUGCCGAUCAGUCGUCUGCGAAUGGCCACAAUCCGAAAGAAAAUGGCCAGUCGAACGGAGGAGGACCGAAUUUCCUGAAGAAGCCCAUCGAAGAUGCUUUAGGACGUCGCCAUACCAUUGGCAAGACAAGUCAGGCCAUGCAACAGCUAAGUUCGCCUCCAGGUCCUAAAGCUCAGAAACGCAUCGAGGAUGCGAAGCAAGACUAUGUGAGGCGUAAACCGCAGGACGACGUACCCUACAGGUUUGCAAAGAGACGGCUCAAGCUGGCUUUGCAAGAAUUUUACCGCGGACUUGAACUGUUGAAGUCUUAUGCUAUCUUGAACAGGACUGGAUUUCGCAAGAUCAACAAGAAGUACGACAAGGCAGUCCAAGCCCGGCCACCGCUUCGAUAUAUGGCAGAGAAAGUAAACAGUGCUUACUUUGUGCAAAGCGAUGUCAUCGAUAACCACAUAAUGGCUGUUGAGGACUUGUAUUCUCGAUACUUCGAACGUGGCAACCAUAAAAUCGCAGUUCGGAAAUUACGGUCCAAACUAAGUGCAGGAGACCAGUCUGGCACCACAUUCCGCAAUGGCCUCUAUGUCGCAGCCGGCGUCUGUUUCGGUGUCACCGGCCUCGUCAACGCCUCUCAUCGACUUUACGGUCCAGAUCCUGUCGUCCGUACAGAGACGUCCUAUCUUUUGCAAAUCUAUGCUGGAUACUUUCUUGCUCUUUUAUUGUUCUUGUUAUUCUGCUUGGACUGCCGGAUCUGGACACGAUCACAUAUCAACUACGUCUUCGUAUUCGAGUACGACACCCGACACGUCCUUGAUUGGCGGCAAUUGGCAGAAUUACCGUGCUUCUUUCUCUUCCUCAACGGUGUGUUUCUCUACCUCAACUUUCAAGUUAGCUCCAGCGAGUCAUUCUUCCUUUACUGGCCGGUCGUAUUGGUCUCGAUCACUUUACUCAUAAUGGCUCUGCCGUUCAAAGUCCUGUACUAUGAGGCACGACGCUGGUGGGGAUACUCGAACUUCCGCCUCCUCCUGGCGGGUUUGUACCCGGUCGAAUUCCGAGACUUCUAUCUCGGCGACAUGUAUUGCUCCGAGACCUACGCCAUGGGCCAGAUCGAAGCCUUCUUCUGCCUGUACGCCAACGACUGGAACAAUCCUCCACAAUGCAAUUCCAGCCAUUCCCGGCUAUUGGGCUUCUUCACCGCCUUGCCUGCCGUCUGGCGCGCGCUACAGUGUCUGCGCCGAUACUACGAUUCACGAAACUGGUUCCCCCACCUCGCCAACUUCGCCAAAUACUGCUGCAACAUCCUAUAUUAUAUGACGCUGUCGAUGUACCGGAUUGAGUUGAGCAAUCGUAUGCGAGCAGUGUUUAUCACCUUCGCCGCGAUCAACGGCGUCUAUUGCGCUUUCUGGGACGUGUAUCUCGAUUUCAGUCUUGGUAAUUUCUGGUCGAAGCACCCCUUCCUUCGCGACCAGCUGGCCUACAAGAAGGUGUGGGUAUACUACUUGGCCAUUGUGGCGGAUGUGGUGCUCCGGCAGCAGUGGAUUUUCUAUGCGAUCUUCAUAUCGGACGUACAGCACUCUGCGAUUAUGUCGUUUUUCGUGAGUCUGGCGGAAGUCCUGCGCAGGGGCUUGUGGAGUCUGUUCCGCGUCGAAAACGAGCAUUGUAAUAAUGUCGGCAAGUUCCGCGCCUCAAGAGAUAUCCCGCUACCCUAUGAGAUCGCCGAGUCACCUGAGGUGACGAGCAAGGCUGCCUCACCCGAGGAGCAGAGACGGACGCCUGCUACACCUGCUGCAGCGGAAGGUUGGACCGAGGGAUAUCUGGCGACUGGAGCGGAUCUGGAGCGCCAGGCCACGCGCGACUCGUCGCUGAGGCAGCGCAAACCGAGAACGCCCGGUGGAGGAACGCCGCUCACGCCGGGGAUGCAGGCUUUACGACGGGUCGGCACGGUGAUUGCGUCGGCGCAUGCGCAAGAUUUUGAGAAGAGGCGGAGGCCCGAGGUCGAAGGGCAGGCCGAGGAUGGCUCGUCAUUUCCGGACCAGGCUCAAGAUACUGAUGAUGAGGAUGAUGAGGACGAAGAUGAUGGAGGGGAGGAUGAAGUUGCGGAGUUGAGAAGACAGCAGGCUGAGGAUGAGGAUCAGGGUCAUACGGACUUGCGGCAGGCGCAUCGGUUGACUGAUAAGGCCAGGGGCAAAGGGCGGUAGGCGUGUCUAUCAGCGUAACAAGACAUAGAAGACAGGGAAAAGUGCCUGCUCCAGUUUCGAGAGGACGAUUGGUGGUCUGAUCGCCGCUUCGGGUUUGAAAAGUGAGCGAGAAAUAUAUACCUAGAGUCUUUGUGGGAUUGAUGAUUGAUGAAUGAAUGAGCGUAUAUAUGCCUGAACUGCGUUUACAGUUACAGUUUAGGUACCUACCUGUAUGUAAGGGACAUAAUGGGCUUGACCUGUGGCCACCAUAAUGGGAAUUUACUUUGGAA